AUGGCUCUUAAAGUCUGGCAUCGCCGUGAUAGCGGCGUCGAAGGAACGUCUCCUACCCAGUCGCCUAGACCCAUCCCAUCGCCCCCGACGAAUGCGGAAGAAGUCAAGGAGCAGUGUGAUUCGUUUACCCUGGACUCGUUUACCGUGGAUGACGCAUGGCAUUUGGGCCAUCUACUUCAUGCAAGGCUGGCUCCACUGGCAGCCGAGAAGCCCACGGUCAUUUCCAUCGCAACUGCCAACACUAGCCAACUACUCUUCCAUUGCGUGACCGGUGCUGGAACAUCACCUGACAACGAAGUCUGGGUACGCCGAAAGAGGAACACCGUGCUCCGCUUCGGCUGCAGCACCUGGUUGAUGCACUGCAAGUUCGAUGGUGACGAGGAUGCGUUCCGGGCCAAGUAUGGAAUCAACCCCGAACAGACCAACGAGUAUGCAAUCCAUGGGGGCGGCAUCCCUAUCCGCGUACGUGGAGUUGAGGGAGUCGCGGCCGUUGUCGUUGUGAGCGGUCUGAAACAGCAUGAGGACCAUGGAGUUAUCGUGGAUGUGAUCCAGCAAAACUGGGAAUAA